GCUUAUCAAGGCUGCCAAUAUUUAAUUAAACCCGCCGCGACGCAAAAAUUUGUACAAUUUAUAUUUUCAUUUAAACUGUUUUAUUGUUUAUUAACGAUGACCGACGUAAUUAAUUACAAAAGAUAUGAAAAGUCUUUAGGCCUUCUUACGACGAGAUUUGUAUCAUUGUUACAGAAAGCGAAGGAUGGUGUUUUGGACUUGAAAAUCGCUACUGAUCUCCUGGCUGUGCGACAAAAGCGGCGAAUUUAUGAUAUUACUAAUGUACUUGAAGGCAUCGGUUUGAUCGAGAAAAGAAGCAAAAACAGUAUUCAAUGGAAAGGUGCUGGACCUGAUUGCAAUACUAAUGAUAUUGGUGCAAAAGUAAUAUCAUUGCGAAGACAAAUUAGCCGUUUAGAAGAACAUGAAAAGUUGCUUGAUAACCAACUCCAUUGGAUUGAACAAAGUAUAAGGAAUGUUUUGGAGGAUAUGGACAAUCAAGAUACAAUUUAUGUUACAGAGAAUGAUGUUAGUAAAUGCUUUCAAGAAAAUCAAGUGUUAAUUUUAGAAUCAUCAUUAGGAACUGACAUAACAGCAGCUGUUCCACCCACUAAGGACAAAGAACCACAUUAUCUUUUACAUGUAAAAUCUUCGGAUCCAGUCGGAGUAAUAUUGUGUGACAGAGAUAAAGAAAAGGAAUUCGAUGAAGAUGGCAUGGAUGACAGUGAAGUGCAGAGAUAUACAGAAAAGAGUGAUAGUACAUUACAACAUAGUAAUUAUCUCCUCCGUCUAAGUCCACCAAUCACAAAAUAUGAUUUCACAUUUUCUCUCCGCGGUACAGAAGGCUUGUGUGAUUUAUUUGAUAUACCUUGUUAAUCCUAAGUUAUAAUUAAGUUUAUUGAAUAAUUUUGAAGGACAUUAUUUUUUAUAUAUUUGAGAUCAUGUUUAACUUUUUUAUGCCAUGUAAAUAAUUCGUGUAAAUAAAAUGAAAAAAUUAUACCCUUAUUGGAUAUUACUAUGUAUAUAAAAUAAAACAAAGUUUAUGACUAAAGAGCAUUAAUUAUUUCUUAG